GAGCUGUGCCCCCUGCCCUGCACCUCAAUCCCGCCUUCUUCCCGCCGCCCACCGCCGCCCUGGGACCCCCUCCGGACACCUACGGCAAGGCCAUGGCUCCCUACAACCACAGCAGCCGGGAGCUGGGCCCGCCGAUCCCAGCCGUGAGCGAAGGCGAGUUUGAGGAGAUCAUGAACCGCAACCGCGCCAUCUCCAGCAGCGCCAUUUCCAAGGCGGUGUCCGGCGCUAGCGCAGGGGAUUACAGCAACGCCAUCGAGACACUGCUCACGGCCAUCGCUGUCAUCAAGCAGUCGCGCGUGGCCAGCGACGAGCGGUGCCGCGUCCUCCUCUCUUCCCUCAAGGAUUGCCUGCAUGGAAUUGAGGCCAAAUCCUACAGCAGCAGCUCCAGCAGCAGCUCCAGGAAAAGACACCGAUCCCGGGAGCGCUCUCCCAGCCGGUCCCGCGAGAGCAGCCGGCGGCACCGGGAUCUGCUCCACAGCGACGAUCGGCAUGAGGAUUAUUUCCAGGAGCGGAGCCGGGAGCAUGAGCGGCAUCGGGACAGGGACAGAGACAGGGACCGGCACCACUGAGACAGGAAUUUGGCAGGAAGUGGUUUUUAAUGGACUCGUAUCUCCUCACCUCGACCAGGACGCCGUGCCCGAGGCCGCUCUGCCCCAUCCCGGUCCCUUCCCCGCCACCCCCAGCCCCCUCCGGGCGGGACCCCUGCCUGCACCUCGUGGCCUUGGGAAUCCCCCCCACCACCACUGCUGCUGCUUCCCGGGGCCAUCCCGCUCCGCUCUGUGGAUACUUGGACCCAAAGAGAAAUGGUGCUUUUAUUCCAUGGAGGGAGGUUUGUGAGCCCUUCCCAGUCUGGGGGGAGGAACGGAGGGGAUGGAGCCCUCCCUGUGCAGCUUGGGGGCUUGGAGAUGCACAGCUCCUAAUCCCGGCAUCAGGAGCCAUGUGCCAUCCUCUGGAUUGCCUGGGGACACUCCCAUCCCCAUCACCCUAGCAGGACACUGUGCCACGCUCCUCCUUUGCCCCUUCACCCUCCAGGAGCUGGGAAGAAGGAGCUGGAGCUGGGCUGGGGGUCACCCUCUCUAUCCUGACAUUCCCCACAGCAGCAUUCCCACCCAAACGGCAGCUCCAGCCUCUCCCGCAGAGCCUUCCUUGUUUUAGAGGAAGCGGAAGAGGCAGGGCAGGCUGUGACCCUCUCAUGUCCCCUUGGGAUCCCAAGAAGGAGAGGGAGAGCCCAGGAGGGUCGGGAUGAGCCGGGACACACUGGGUGACUUCCAGGGCUGGAAUCAUGCCCAGGUGGGAAAACCCAGGCCCUGGAAGUCUUUUUAAGUUGAAAUAACACAAAUUCAGGAAAAGCCACCCCAAUUUUCCCAAGCCCCACGAGGUGGGAGCACACGGUGGGAGAGCUCCGGGUUUUUUUUUUUACUUACCGCCACAGAUUUUUAGUUUCUUUCCAAAUAGUGGAGGGGGGGAAAAGAUUCCCCCCAAAUUGCAGAGCAAAUCCCUGGAAGCCCCGGCGAGGCGCCGCCCCUCCUGCUCGCAGUGAUUAGAUUUGUCUUUGGAUAGGUUGGAAUUGUGUAAUAAACUCGGAUGACGUUGUCAGUCUUUUA